GUCUUGCGUCCAGCCGCCAUUCUCGAGGCUGUGCACCCGGCCCAGCGUUUCCUGUGGGCGUUUCCUCUUCUUCACUCCAGGACACCUCGCCGGAAGCGGGGUUGAAGUCUUUGAAGCACAGUCCUGUGUGCAGUGUGACACAAGAUGGAAGUGUGUCAGGAACUGCGGAAACCAGCGAUAAGCCUGGAGUGUGGCCACUGCAGUUUCCGGGGCACCGAUUAUGAGAACGUGCAGAUCCACAUGGGCACCAUUCAUCCUGAGUUCUGUGACGACAUGGAUGCUGGAGGCCUGGGCAAGCUCAUCUUUUACCAGAAGAGUGCCAAGCUCUUCCACUGCCAUAAGUGCUUCUUCACGAGCAAGAUGUACUCCACUGUGUACUACCACAUCACAGCCAAACACGCAGCCGCAGACAAGUGGGCUGACCAGCCGAAAGAGCAGCUGAGCAAAGAGACGGAGUCUGGGAAGAGCCCGCCCCUUCCUGAACCUCAGAACACAGGCUUUGACCCAGCAGAAGUGAGGCCCACUCCAACCCUCCCCAUAGAAACACAGAAAACUAGUCCGAGUUUGUCUCCAGAAUCACAAGCAUCUGUUCCUCCAGUUCUAGAGCCUCAGAGCUCUGGUCCUGUUGUUUCACCGGAGCCACAAGGCCCUUGUCUUCCUGCUGAGGCCUCAAAAAGUGCUCCUGUUUCUUCCCCUGAGUGUCUAGACCCACCCUGUGAGCUUCCUGAGCUGGAAAAGCCUGAGCAAGUCCCUUCUCCUGAGUCAGUAAAAUCUGCUCUUGUCAGCUCCAAACCCCAGAAGCACUCUCCCUUUGCAGAUACAGGGGCUCCCCCUUCAGCCUUGUCUCCAGAGUCACCAGUUCUAGCCACUUCCCCUGAACCUUGGGGGCCAUCCCUCAGUGCAUCUCCAGAGUCUCGGAAGCCAGCGAGGACUGCCUCACCUGAGCCAAGGAAGCCAUCCCCAUCAGAGUCUCCUGAGCUUUGGAAGCCAUUCCCUGCCAUCACUUCAGAGCCACGGAGACCAACCCCAGCAGUAUCACCAGGUUCCUGGAAGCCAGGGCCACCUGCUUCUCCUAGGCCUUGGAAAUCCAGUCCUUCAGCAACAUCAGGACCGUGGAAGUCAUCUAAGCCUGCUCCACCUCUGUCUCCUGGACCUUGGAAACCAAUACCUUCGGUAUCACCUGGGCCUUGGAAACCUGCUCCAUCUAUGUCCACUGCAUCCUGGAAGUCUUCAGUCUCAUCUGCUUCCUGGAAAACACCACCCACAUCUCCAGAGUCAUGGAAGUCUGGUCCACCUGAACUCCGAAAGACAGCCCUUCCCUUGUCGCCUGAUCAUUGGAAGGCCGUGCCCCCUGUGUCUCCUGAGCUCCGCAGACCAGGCCCACCACUCUCCCCAGAGAUCCGAAGUCCAGCAGGUUCUCCAGAGCUCAGGAAGCCUUCAGGGUCACCAGAGCUUUGGAAGCUUUCUCCUGACCAGCGCAAAACUUCUCCUGCUCCUCUUGAUUUCCCUGAGCCCCAGAAAAGUUCUUGUGGUAGUUCUGAUCUCUGGAAGUCUUCCUUCAUUCUGGAGUCUCAGAAACCUAAUGUCUUCUCUGAGACGAGGAAACAUGCUGCUUCUGGCUCGUCUGAGUCACCGAAGGUAGCCUCAGACAUAUGGAAACCUGUCCUGUCUAUUGAUGCUGAGCCUAGGAAGUCCACACUGUUUCCUGAGCCCACCAAGACAGUUCUUCCUGCUUCUCCCGAGCCUCGGAAACGUGCACUUUUCCCAGAGUCCCGGAAGCAUGUCCUUUUACCUGAGCUUCCCAAAUCGGCUGUGUUCUCGGAGGCCCAGAAGGCCACUGAGCUUAGUGAGGAGAUACAACUUGAAGCUGUCGAAGAUGCAAAAUGUGAUAGUCUGGUCCAGGAAGGACUUCUGGCUACACCCAAGAAACUGUUAGAUGACGCUUUAUUCCCUUCUUCAAAGAAGCUCAAGAAGGACAGCCAGGAGAGCUCAGACGCUGAGCUCAGUAGCAGUGAGUACAUCAGAACAGAUUUAGACACCUUGGACAUGAAGGGCCAGGAGUCAAGCAGCGACCAGGAGCAGGUGGAUGUGGAAUCUAUUGAUUUUAGCAAAGAGAACAAAAUGGAGAUGGGUAGUGCAGAGCAGGCCAAAAAUGUCCUUCAGUUCACCGAGGAGAAGGAGGCCUUCAUCUCUGAGGAGGAGAUCGCAAAGUACAUGAAGCGUGGAAAAGGGAAAUAUUACUGUAAAAUCUGUUGCUGUCGGGCCAUGAAGAAAGGCGCUGUCUUGCACCACUUGGUUAAUAAGCACAAUGUCCACAGCCCAUACAAGUGCACAAUCUGUGGAAAAGCAUUUCUUUUGGAGUCUCUCCUUAAAAAUCACGUAGCAGCCCAUGGGCAGAGUUUACUCAAAUGUCCACGCUGUAAUUUUGAAUCAAAUUUCCCAAGAGGCUUUAAGAAACAUUUAACUCACUGUCAGAUCCGGCAUAAUGAAGAGGCAAAUAAGAAGCUAAUGGAAGCUCUGGAGUCGCCCUUGGAGGAGCCACAGAUUUAAUUUUCAAACAUUGCCCCUUGCUCUACAGUGUUGCUUGCCAAACUCUUAGGUUGUUGAGUAGCCUGGAUGGAUCAGUAGCCAGUGUGUGUGUAGUGAGUGUGUCCUGUUUGUCUAAGUAGUGGUACAAAGAAGAAGUACUUGAUUAUUUUUUCAUAUGAUCUUUUGUUUAUGUGGCUGGCUAUUUUAUAAGUGAAUACAUUUCUGUUAUAGAUUCCAGAUGGAUAUGACUCAUUUUCCUUAAGCAUAUUUUAGUCAUAAUACAAGAGUGGGGGAAAGCAGGCAGGCCGUUUAGCAAACAAGGAAGUUUAAACCUAAUCAGAGCCUUUCUCCUCCACCCUGUGUGUGUGUGUGUGUGUGUGUGUGUGUGUGUGUGUGUGUGUGUGUCAGAUUUCAGAACAUAGAAAUUAUUAGAUGAGGCUCAGUGGUGGAGCCGGAGCCUCGCCUAGCAUGUUUUUGCAUACUUUCAGUCCCAGGGUUCCAUCCCCUGUACCUUUGAAAAAAAAAAAAAAAAAAGGAAUGUAUGAGAAUUGAGCAUGAAAAGUAAAAUUGAGAAAAGUUUUGUUAAAUGUGCUUUCGAACCAUGUCUUAUAUCUUAUUUUUUCAUGUCAAAUUAGUUUAUAAAUCUUGACUAUUUUCUUGUGUUCAUUAAUGUUUAUGUUAUAGAGCAGCGGUUCUCAACCUGCGGGGGAAAUGACCCUUUCACAGAAAGCACAGAUAUUUACAUUAUGAUGAUAGCAAAGUUAGUUAUGAAUCAGCAACAAAAAUAAUUUUAUGAGCUGGGUGGUGGUGGCACACGCCUUUAAUCCCGGCACUUGGGAGGCAGA